AUGGCGCUUCGACCGCUCCUUCGCAGACCCGCCACAGCGCGGUCAAUCCUCGCCGCGCCACGGACGCACGCUCUUUACCAUUCAUACGAGGAUCCCGAACUGCCACCAUAUCGCGAGGCCGAAGACAAAAUCCUUGCAGCUGCAAUGACACAUGUGCCUUCCAAUGGCUUCAACAUCGACUCGCUCACACUCGGCGCCAAAGACGCCGGCUAUCUCGACAUAUCCACCAAUCUCUUUCCCCGAGGCUCCUUUGAGCUCGUUCGCUAUCACCUAGUGACGCAGCGACUAGGUCUUCGCCAUCGCAUCCAAUUCCCUUCCGACGGACCAACAGGUGUUGGGCGCAAAGUGCGCAGUCUCAUUCUGGAAAGGUUGCAUGCGAACGCAGAUGCAGGAGUGGUGCCGCGGUGGCAGGAGGCGUUGGCAAUCAUGUCGCUAGCUGAGAAUAUUCCAGAAUCACUACGGGAACUCUCACGAUUAAGCGAUGAGAUCUGGUUUCUUGCGGGCGACAAAUCGGUUGAUGGGUCUUGGUACACCAAACGUGCCUCAUUGGCCGGUGUAUAUGCGGCUACAGAGGUCUUCCAGUCUACGGAUCAGUCGACUGACUUUCGAGAUACUGAACAGUUUCUCGACCGAAGACUGGAAGAUCUCCGUACGGUGGGCGGUGCCAUGAGUAACACCGUUCAGUGGCUUGGCUUCCAGGGCGGAUCGUUCGUCAACUUGCUGCGAAGCAAGGGAGUUCGAGUCUGA